AAUAACACCAACAACACAAAUCUUUUCUUUAUUUUCAUCAAAAGAUCAAAACCAUGGCGAGAGAAAACCCUUCAGCCUCAAUUCUUGGAGAUUCUACCGUGGAGAAGUGUUCCAUAAGUUUAGCCAAGAUCAAAUUUAAACCUUCCGGUGGAUCUGCGCUUGAGCCAACCAAGAAACAGAGCCAAGACCAAAACUCACCGACUUUACGCCGUUGGGGCUCGUCCUCCGGUAAACCAGGGAAGCAAAAUUGCCUAUGUUCUCCGACGAAACACGCUGGUUCUUUCAGGUGCAGAUACCACCGCGCUGAUUCCUUGACUCGUGUCGUGUCUAUCGGGUCGAAUCUCGCUGUGCUAUUGUCGUCCAAGUCGAGCCGGUUUAGUAACUCCCUCAAGGCUCAGUAAUCCGCUUUAGCGGAUGUGUUCGGUAUAUUAUAAGAAGUGUUUGCAUACCUACCGAUUGAUCAAUAUUCUAUAGCUACCGAUUGAGAUGAAAAAGAAGAAAAGGUAUAUGUAACCCAUUGAAAUUGGCCUAAACCGAUUCAAUGUAAAUUUUAUCUAAUUUGUCGACCACUUAAUUUAUAAUUUAGCAUUGAUUAGCUGCACGUCUUGUGCUUCAUCAAUUAAAAAGAAAUCCAUUCGUACCAAGCUUGUAAAACCUUAUGAUAUUCAAUGGUUGUAAAACAUUAUGAUAUUUAAUGGAUGGUUUGA